UAUUGAUUAUAUCGGUAAACAGGCUGUAGGCAGAAACAUCAGGUCUGAUCUGAAAAUCCCUUCAGAAACAAACUUUAAGAGUUUUAUGUCCGUGUGAGGCCGCACGCUGAUUGGAUAACCACCUGUCAGUCUCAGGGUAUUAGCCAAUGAGCGCGCAGAUUCACAGUAAGACCUUCGUCAUUCUUGUAAACUAAAACAUCGACAGUAAAACUGUAACGUGUCCUGUGAUCUAUAAACACUCUGUGAUGAAUAAUCUGAAGUCAUUUUGAGCCUGACAGUAGUUUCCUGUCACAGAGCAGAAGCUGCAGGCAGUUUUUGGCACCUUUAUAUUUAAUUUAUUCCAAAAUAAAUCAAUAAAGGUAGAAAAGAACUCUCAGUGACAUUAAAAAUCUAUUUUUAAAGACAGAUGUGACCAAGUGCAACAAAUAUAAGAUGAGAUGUUUACAGAUAUUUGAAGUAUUGAUCAUAUGUAGAACACAGAGCAGGUCCAAUAACAGAGUCAUGCUGCUCACAAACAGCAGUUUGGUUUCAUGAGCUCACUUCCUGCAGUGAUCCUCAGCUUCUCUCCAAAGGAGCCGUAACAUGUGGGCUCCUCACCAUGAUGAUGAUCCCAAACACACUGAGUUCCUUCAUCCACCUGAUCAUGUACUUAUUAAAUAAUGUGAUGGUUUUGGUGUUUUUUAAAGACUUUGAGCCUCUAAAAUAACUGGUUUGGACUUUAGGGCCAAAGCUCCAACAUUAGAAAGCCGUCAGUGUGAUGCUUCCAGGACAACAGCACCUCUGAGUGUGUGUGUUUACCUCUCAGACUAACUCCACCCUGACAUCAAGAAGAUGGAGGAAGAGGACGGAGCAGCAUCUGCAGCAUCCAGCUGUGUGUCUGUGAGGAGUGACUGGUCCAGAGAAAUACUUCCUCCAGACUUCAGUGAUGAACCUGCAGCAACAAUGUUCUUCAAUCAUGGAGCUCAGCUGACCAUAGGUCAGAGGUCACAGUCUCCAGCAUCCAGCUGUGUGUCUGUGAGGAGUGAUUGGUCCAAAGAAAAAGAUCCUCCAUAUUUCAGUGAUGAACCUGCAGCAACAAUGUUCUUCAAUCAUGGAGCUCAGCUGACCAUAGGUCAGAGGUCACAGUCUCCAGCAUCCAGCUGUGUGUCUGUGAGGAGUGACUCGUCCAAAAACAGUCCUCCACUCUUCAGUGAUGAACCUGCAGCAACAACGUUCUUCAAUCAUGGAGCUCAGCUGACCAUAGCUUCUGCACAGUGUCAUCAAAUCUGGAUGUUUGUCACUGACAGUCAAUGAUUUUAGUGAUAAAGAAAUGUGUUCACAGAGGGAGGAAGAGGAAGAGGAGUGGUGUCUGUGAGGAGGAGCAGCUGUCCUGCUG